UCGUGUGUAUUGCCGUUCACCGCUAUGCGGGGAGGGGAUGGAGGUUGCAGUUCUCCGGACGGCGCUGCCUCGCGCCGGCUGUCCCGGUGGACGCUGCUGCUGCGUCAGCGGUCCUCGCAGUCCGGCAGCUUCGAGUCUGAUACGCCACCCCGUCGCUGCUCCAUAGUGUCCGGCACCACUGGGCACGCAUCGGGGGUCUGUGGAAGCGAGGAAGUUCAACUGGUGGCGUACACGAGGAGAAGCAGCCUGGUUUUGCUCUCUGCCAUGGCGGACUGCGCUGGAAUACAGGGCAUGGCUAGCGGCGCUGUCGACGUCCUGGACGGCGCUGACGUGACGGAAGCCGUCGCUGCAGACGUCGCCGCGACGGACGACCGCGGUGCACCCCCUUUCGAGCACUUCUUGGAGGAAGCGCGGCAGCGUUGUGCCAGCGCCACCGAGGAACAGCUGGCCGACUUCGUCAAGAAGAACAGGGACAGCUUCGCACGGUUGCUGCGCAUCGAGUCCUGCCGGUUGCGCGGUGCGACCGCUUCCGAGGGCAGCGGGGGUGCCACAACCUCGACGUCGACGUCGGCAGGAGGUCCCAGCAGUGACCGCGACUCGGGUGUCUUCACGGAGCCCGAAGGAGCGAACGCCAAUGGCGUCGCUGGUGGUCCCGCUGCGUCGUCCAGUGAAGGCGACCUCAGGGAAGUCCUCGGAAGGCCUCCCGAACCGGACGCCCUCUCUAUGGGAUCGGCGGACUUGAGGGCGCUACUCAGGGGUUGCCCAUUCUGGGACAGGGCCAGCGGCGCUUUCUUGAGUGACGCCGUGUCCGAGCCCCAGCUGAGGCCCAAACCCCCGCGUCCGUUCUCCGAGUUCCCGACGACGCUGCAGGCUGGCGCGUGUGGCAGCGCCACGAACGCGUUUGGCGGCAUUCCGAGCCGGAUGAGUUCUUCGUUCCACUUCACCACCACGAGGACGCACUUCGAGUACUGCGGGGAGACCAACACAUUCAGGUUUCGCAACCAGGAGGUGAGCGCGAGCCUUGAGAGCAGCUACGAGAGCUUGUCCGAGAGCGAAGACGAGGAGGAGUCCCCGGAUGGCGACGAGCACCACCGCCUGGCAGCGACAACCGCAGCUCGAAGCCCCACUGCGCAGUCGGAGCCCGCAGGGCUGGCUGCGGGUCGCGUGGCUGAGGAGCUCCUCAGCACGGAGCGAACGUACGUCGACGUGCUCCGGCUGCUGGACCAGACGCUGGCCUUCCGGCUGGACCAGGAGAACCGCGCCCACUCCAUGGUGCCGCAGAAUACGGUGGCCACCAUCUUCGCGCCCCUCAAGCCGCUCUUCAGGCUUCACCACGACUUCCUGCUGCCCAGACUACAGGAAAGGCUGGACGCCUGGGAGCGCGAACCUCGCAUCGGGGACGUGAUGAAGGACUUCGCGCCGUUCCUGAAGAUGUACGCCGAGUACGUGAAGAACUUCGACCAGUCCGUCCAGCUGCUCGCCUCGUGCUAUGCCAAGCACCCGCGCUUUGCCGCCGUCGUCGAUGAGAUUCACGCGAUGCCUGAAUGCAAAAACCUCACAGUGCAGCACCACAUGCUCACACCUGUACAGAGAGUGCCCCGAUAUCAAUUGCUGCUCAAAGAGUACCUGAAGAAACUGCCAGAGUGCUCUCCCGACAAAGACGACACGGAAAGAGCACUGGAGCUGGUGUCCAAGGCAGCCGACCACGCCAACCAGGCCAUGAAAAAAAUUGACCAGUUCAAACAACUGCUGGAGAUCCAGGACUUGGUGGGUGGCGCUGUGGACCUGGUGAGCCCGACGAGAGAGUUGCUGCGACGGGGAAAAGUCACCAAGAUCAGUGCCCGCUCGGGCGACCACUUCGAGCGGUACUUGUUUGUGUUCACCGACAUGGUGCUCGUGUGCAGCGUCGUAGGCAGUGGGGCGCGGCUUAUCGGUGCCGGCGGGUACCGAGUUCGCGCCAAGCUCGACCUGGACGGCCUGUUGCUACAGGACGGCGAUAACCUGGAGACGCCCAACAGUUUCCACCUGAGGAACGCCGGGCGCUCCAUUGAGCUCUGCGCCGGGUCACCUGAAGAAAAGUUGGCUUGGAUGCAGACACUCGCCAAGGCUGCCCACGACCUCAAGCAGCGAAAGAGUUCCUUGAAAGUUUACGUUCAGGGUCAAAAGAGCCCCGAGGGAGCCGAGCUAGGUCUGCGUGCCCCCGUACUGGUUCGAGCUGACACCGUGUCCAAGUGCAUGCGCUGUUCGGCGGGAUUCUCCACGUUCGGUCUGCGAUGGAAGCAUCACUGCCAUGCCUGCGGGAUCGUUGCCUGCAGCAAGUGCGUGUCGCGCAAGGCUCGCCUUCAGUACGACGGUGGUCGCGCAUGUCGCGUGUGCGAUGCCUGCUAUGCGGCCAUGGCGCCCAUGAGCGACGACGACCAGCAGCAGUGCUGCCCUCUGCCGGGAUGUGAGGAACUGCCCUCGCCUGCCGGUCCGGUGCCACCUUUCCCGCUGCCCCCGGACAGCAACAGGUACGGCAGCGGUGCGAAGUUCAUACGCGACACGCGUUUGGCAUGCUCAGGUGCCGUGCUAAGCGGGUACCUUCGCCUCAAGACGGGCGGCCGGCGCGCUCACUGGCAAAGGCGGUGGUUCGCCCUUCACAGGGACUUCGUGCUCUACUCCUUCCGCUCGGAACAGGACGAGCUUCCGCUGACGUCAGUUCCGGUUCCUGGUUUGGCGGUGGCGGCCGCCGAGAAGGCCGACGGCCUGGAGCCUCGCAGCUGCGCAGCCGCCUUCAAGCUAUUCCAUCAGCGGAGGGCCUAUGUCUUCCAGGCCCAGGACGCUCAAGAUGCACAGAGGUGGAUGGCAGCACUGGAGAGAGCAUCCAAAGCGGAAGAGCCCAGUUAGGCACAUACAUACCAGACGGGCAACCUAAUCUUUUAAGGAUAAGAAAUCAAUUGAAAUGGUCGCCCGCUGGAUGGGCUCCCUUCGAUCCAGAGAAGUCGGCCUGAAGCAAACAAGGAGUACUCAGCGUGAUGUUGCCUGCUUUCCCCAUCCCGGUGUAUGUUCUAGUCAUCGCUGUGCUCCUGAAAUCGUAGAUGCAUUUGGGGAGUUACACAUUUGACGCUUUCGAAAUUCCGAGAAGGCGCACAUAGUGUGCCGUCGGACCAACCACGUCCGUUUUGAUUUCUAGCCCCCAGGACAUUUUCUGUUGAAGCAUUUUGUACUGCGUGCUUACGACACGCGUUCAGACACUGCCGAACUUGUGAUCUCAGCUGGGCUACGUGGAUAACAGAGCUCUCCGAGCAGGUAAAUGGACUUCAAGAGGGUGGCGAUCGCCUGAUGCGCUGUACGUUUCAUUAUUUCUCAUAGUACAGUUAUGUCUGAUGAAUGACUUGUAAUAUCAGACCGUCUGUUUGUAGAAUAAUGUAUUAUUAUGAUUCUUUAAAACUACUUGUCAUGGGCAACCGCCUUACCAAGUUGUUUUCUGCAGUCUUGGAUACCGAACUGCGCUUCGAUUGCAUUUUCUUGCACACAUGCUACGUUGAGGUCUCUUACUAAUACCGAAUUGAUCAUUUCAUUAUUUUUUAUUAGUACACGAAAACGCAUUUUCGUUGUAGGAUGAACACAACCAGUUCUGAUAAUUGACAAUCUGUCGGUUUAAUUUGAUGGUUUGAUAUUUGUGACAGAAAGCUUUUUACUUUCGCCCGGAGUUUAUUUGCAUAUAUUUUGAUUAAGAUUUAAUGAAGUUUUGGGGUCAAUGAACGCAUUAUCAGAACGUUCGAAUAGCUGAACUCUGGGACAGUUCAUAGGAAAUGGUUCAACUCAUGUUAAGUGAAACGAAUUGCGUUUGUCGUCCCGAACAAUAAAUUGGUAACAUUGCGUCAGGCUUUGUUAUCUGGUUAGAUGCUUGUUAUUUCUUUAAUUUACGCACACUAUCAUUUUACAUUGUCGCAUGUCUUCCGUUCUGUUCUUCUUUCAAUCAUUCAAUCACUCGUCUAACGAUUUGUUUGUGUUACCAGAACACCAUGUAUUUACAAAUUUUGAUCCUUUAAAUAUGUUUGCAUCCUUAUAAGUUGCUGGACAUCAC